AUGCGGCUGCGCCUGACGCUGCUCAGCGGAGAGGAAGCACUGCUGGAGGUGGUGCCAGAGAGCACGGUGCACGAGUUGAAAGUGACCGCGCAACGAGAGUUUGGGAUUCAUGAGUUGGUCUCCUCGAGAGGCACCCUGCUGAACGGUCAUUGCUCCCUGCUGGACGCUGGUUUACGCGAUGGGGAGACGAUCAGCGCCACUGUAAGGAUGGCCAAGCUCAUCGGCGGUCGGCUGUGCCAAGCCUUCACCCUGCUGCGGGCCGAUGGCACGGUGGUCUGCUGGGGCAACAAGGUGGCCUGUGGCCAGUACAGCGACGUGCGCUGGGAGGAGCUACGCGAUGUGCAGAAGAUCCGCUGCAGCAGCGGAGCCUUUGCUGCGCUGCUGGGCAGUGGCAAGGUCGUGACUUGGGGCGACACCUCCUGUGGCGCUGACAGUCGAAGAGUCAAGGAUCAAUUGGAGAAAUGCCGCGACUUAGCGUCUUCGGCUUUCGCCUUUGCUGCUAUCCGACAAGAUGGUAGUGUGGUGACCUGGGGCGACUCUCGCUUCGGUGGCGACGCUUCCACGGUGCUGCCGAAGCUCGGCAAAGACGUGGUGGAGAUCACGGGCAGCGGCAAGGCGCUGGCGGCGCGGACCGCGGAGGGCCGGGUUUGCUCGUGGGGCUCGGAGGAUUGUGGUGGAGACUGCAGUGAGGUCGAGGAUCAACUGGAGGAUGUUUGUCAAGUGCAAAGUACAUAUUCGGCUUUCGCUGCUAUUCGCAGGGAUGGCACCGUGGUGGCCUGGGGAGACAAGCAUGGAGGUGGUGACAUCACAGAAGUGAAGGAAGAGCUUUACGAUGUCCACAAAAUCCAUGGUUCUAGUUAUGCCUUUGCUGCCAUACGAGCCGACGGGCAGGUGGUGACCUGGGGCUCCUCGGAUUCGGGGGGCGACUGUGGCGUUGUGAAGGACAAACUGCAGAACGUCCUGGAGAUCCAAGCCACAGAUUCCGCCUUCGCAGCCCUGUUGCGGGACGGUACAGUGGUCACCUGGGGCGGCCGCCACGGCUUCGGGCGGGGCGGCAACUCGCUGGCCGUGCAGCGGCAGCUGGUGGACGUGCACACGCUUUCGUCCACGGACGGCGCCUUUGGGGCAUUGCUGGCAGAUGGCACCGUGGUGACCUGGGGAGAUGAAGAUUAUGGAGGUGACUGCCGCGGGGUCAAAGAGGAGCUGCUGGACGUCAGCGAGAUCUGUGGCUCCAAUAGCGCCUUCGCCGUCAUCAAAAGCGACGGCACCGUGGUGUCCUGGGGCGACUGCGCCGUGGGAGGCGAUAGCCGUGCUGUGAAGAGCAAGUUGCAGGACGUCCACUGCACCGCACUGCGCCGGAGCCGCUUCGCAGCCGCCAAGGCCGUGCCCCUCGUCGUCGGCACCAUCCCCGAAAAGGCCGCCAUGCCGUCCACAUCCAGCAUCAGCAGUGGGGCUGAGUACGAAGAUGUGGAUGCAAUGCUGAACGAAGUGAUUGCCAGUCCGGCGCCGUGGGGCUCGGUCUCCGCGCGUCUCGGGCCGAUGGAGCUCAGUUUCAAGGGCUCCGGCGCCAUCAAGUCCUUCAAGCUGGGUGGGGUCGAGUCGACGCUCACUGUGGGUGAGCUAAAGAAAAGAUGCCAAGAGGAAUGUGGCUUGGAAGUUUCUCAGCAGAGACUCUUCUUGAAAGGCAAACUCCUGAAGGAUGAGGACACUUUAGCGGCUGCAAUGAUCACCGACAAAGCGACACUCUUCCUGGUGAAGGGUGCCUCUGGUAGCGGCGGAGCGGCGGCUGAGACCAAGGAGGAGAAGAAGGAGGAAGAGCCGGCUGCGCCCGUGCCCUGCCGCGGUGGCUGCGGCUUCUGUGGCACGGCGCGGACGGAGAACUACUGCUCCAAGUGUUAUGCGGAGAAGCAGAAAAAGGAGGAAGAUGAAGCGAAAGCUACCCGAGAGAAGGAAGAGGCGGAGAAAGUUGCCACCACUGCUGACGAAGCAAUGGAGGCAGAUGUCGCAGCUCCGCGAGAAGAGCAAAAGGAUAAAACCAAGUGCUGGCACUGCGGGAAGAAGUGCGGUUUGUUGGGCUUCGAUUGCCGCUGUGGCUACACCUUCUGUGGCAAAUGCCGGCACGCGGAGGACCACAAUUGUGACUUCGAUCACAAGGGCAAAGGACGAGAAAUCCUGGCCAAGAACAACCCCAACAUCUCCAUCAAAGGUGGAGCACCCGCAGUCUAA